UAAAAAUCGAAAAUCCCUAGUAGGAUAAGGCCUACAUGACACAAGGUGAUGUAAUAAAUAACUUGAAAACCUGCAAGGUAACACUGCUCUGCUGCAUCUGCAUUGCACAGAAAUGCAAUAUACAAACUUGAAAUCUACUCGAGCGUGUGUCCGAUCGAAAUGAAACUUUGUUUCUUGCACGUAGAAGCCACAUGCAUCUCAUUUUAUCUUUCUCUUCUUAUUGCUUUCACACAAGAUCCAAAAAUAAUUAAUUAGAAGAAAAUUAGCAUUUCGUCCAAUCAGCUCGAACCUGCUAUAACAUCAGCAUGCGAAACCAUGGAAACCCAAGUGCACUGUGCACGUACUCGAGAAGACGAGUUGAAUGGGUAUCGAGACUGCGAGUGAUCAUGGCGGCGUGGACAUCCCCAUGCAAAUACUUGUGCAAUCGCAGCCGCCGCCGCCGCCGUCGGCGACGAGGCACCGGAGAACGCACACCGGCGACUCGACGACGUCGUCGUACGAGCCGCAGCGGCGGCCAGUGGAGCACCAGCUCUCGUCCAUGCACGUCGACGCCUCCGACGGCGGCGUGGACGACGGUGUCGCCGUCGUGCCGGAGCGCAAGGUGACGCUGUUCGCGCUCCACGUCGCGGUGCUCGAGAAGGCCGCGUCGCACGUCGGAGCUGUCUGCUUUGUUUGGGCCACGGUGGUACUCCUCGGCGGCUUCGCCUCCGACCUCGACGCCCGGGACUUCUGGCUCGUCACCGCCAUCCUCCUCGUCGAGGGCACGAGGGUGUUCAGCCGGAGCAAUGAGCUUGAUCUGCAGGAGCAGCCGAUGCACCUCCCGGACGCCGGCGCCGGAGAAGACGAGGAGGAGGCGCCGCCGCUGCCGCACAAGGCUGCUUCGCCCAUCCGCCUCCUCCCCCUCGGCGGCUGGCUCGUCGAGGCGAGGAACGUGAGCUAUGUUCUUUACUGGCUCCAGCUGCUCUCGGCGUCGGCGUGCGUGGCGCUGUCGUUGCUCCGCCUCGCCGAGCUUCGGUUCUCCGGCGCGCCGGCCGCCGGCGGCGGGAACCACAACGCCUACUACGCGCUGAUGCUCUUCUACGUGCUCGCGCUGUCGGAGGCGGUGAUCUUCCUGGUGGAGCGCGCGUACUGGGAGUGGGUGCUCAGCUACCGGCGGCUCAUCGAGACGGUGAGCGGCGAGUGCGACCUCGGCGACGCCGGCGCGGUGCCGAUCAAGCGGUUCUUCUACCGCGCCUUCUCCAGGUCCGUCGAGGGCGGCAUCCUGGACGGCACGCGGAUGGACCUCCUCUCCUUCGCCGUCGAGCUGCUCUCGUCGGACUCCGGUGACGAGCAGCUCAUCGGCGCUCACAUCCUCAGGAGCUCCAUCACCAACCACGACUCGGCAAAGCGGACGGUGCGCAAGAUCGGCACGUCGGCGGCGACCGUCGAGCGGCUGGUGGAGAUGGUGAGCUGGAAGAGCCCGAGCAAGCGCCGCGUCAGGGCGCUCGCCGCCGAGGUCGUGCUCCGGCUCGCCGGGAAGCGCCGGAACCUGAUCCGCGUCGCCACCAUCCCCGGCGCCAUCGAGUCCGUCUCCACCUUGCUCGACGCCACCGCCGCCGGCGCCGGCGCCGCCAGCCGCGCUGACCUAGCCCUCAACGAGAUGGGACUCCACAUCAUGAAGAAGCUGGCGCGCGAGCACGGCAACUCGGCCAAGAUUACCGGCACCAGAGGCGUCCUCUCCAGGAUCAUACACUUCACCCGGACGAGCAAGGCGGCGCUGCAGAACGCCGGCGAGGGGAGCCUCCCGGCGAAGACGGUGCUCCGGUCGCUGCAGGUGGUGAAGAACCUCUCGAGCACGCCGGGGCACACGGGGGAGGCGAUCAGGAAGGAGAUCUCCGACAACGUGUUCGUCCUGAGCAACAUCCGCAAGGUGCUGCAGCACGGCGAGCGCCACGGCAAGAUGCAGCUGACGGCGAUCGGCAUCCUCGCCGACCUCGCCAUCGACGGCGACGCCAAGGAGAAGAUCGGGUGCACCGGCGGCAUGAUCGCGCAUCUGCUGGAAAUGUUCGUCGGCUCAUCAUCAACUCCGGCGGUCGCCCACGCCGCGCAGGCGGCGGCGCACAUCCGGCUGCAGGCCGGCGAGGUGCUCGCGCUGCUCGCCCUCGAGAGCGAGGCCAACUGCGAGCGGAUACUCCGGGAAGCCGCCGUCGUCGAGAGGCUCGUGCUGACGCUGCACCACGCCGGCAUGCAGAUCAGCUCAUCCAGAAUCCUACUGAACCUGUGCAGGUACAGCAGGAGUGAGCACUUCUUGCAGCUGAGCAGCCUCACUGCAGCUGUCCCCAUAGUUUUCAAAGCAAUCAUGGUUGAGAAGAACAGCCUGCUUGAGGUAUCCAUAGGAUUGGCAAUACAGAUCACAAAGCUUGCAACGCCUCAACUGCACAAGGAAAUCUUUGGAAAGGCAGAUGUCCCAGAUACUGACAUUGCAAUGAGGCUACUGGAGAUUCUGAAAGAGCACAGGACACCCAAGGUGAAGGUUCCAAGGAUGAGAAGGUUCGUCAUCGAGCUCGCCAUUGCCAUGUUGAGAGGCAACGCCGAGCUCGUACCCUUCUUCAGGAGCAUGGAGCUGGAGAAGGAGCUCAGGAGCGUCGUCAGGUCGACGUCCGAACUCGAGAGCUUCAACAUGUUCUCCGGGAGCAUUGGGCUGAGCAGGCACAGCUCAACCCUGUCAUCACUGGUAGAUGAUGCCAUGGAGAUCAUGCAGGGUCUGCAAGAAAGUUGACAAAUGACUACAAGGACAGUUUUAAAUGGUAAAUGCCUGUGCCUGAUUGUAUGUUGGGAUGGAAUGCGAUGAAUCUAAUUGUAAAUUCAGAAAUAAUAUAUUUAAUUGAUCAGUCAAAACUGUAAAUAACAAAA